AUAGACUCGUUCUACUUGCUCUCUGCUCACCACCAGUUGCCGAAAUGUCGAAGCACCAUCCCGAUCUCAUUAUGUGCCGGCGCCAGCCCGGUAUCGCCAUUGGUCGCCUCUGCGAGAAGUGCGACGGUAAAUGCCCCGUCUGCGACUCAUACGUGAGACCGGAAACACUCGUGCGGAUCUGUGAUGAAUGCAACUUCGGUACCUUUGGCGGACGGUGCAUCAUCUGCGGCUCUCCAGGUAUCUCUGACGCGUACUACUGCGCCGAGUGCACGCGUCUGGAGAAAGAUCGUGACGGCUGCCCAAAGAUCGUCAAUCUGGGUGCCAGUAGGACAGAUCUAUUUUAUGAGCGGCGUAGGCUGGGCUUCAAGAAAGGCUGAACUUUUCCUUCGUGCUUGCAUGUCGCUCUACUCUCUUGUUCCGGUUACGAAUGAUCUCUCAAAAUGUGCCUUAUCUGAUUCCGCGUCCCAAUCGAAUUCGCUCAAGUCUCAAGCAGAUCCGUUUUGUAGCACUUGCGACCGUAUUUCAAACUACAGCUUUUCGCUCGGAACGAGCACUCGGAGUGGAAAGAAUAGGUAUCGAAGCAGUUUGGCUGCACUCAGAGAGCCGGUUAGCUGUGGCAGAUUCGGAGUUGAUAGGCUACCAUCUGCAUCUCCACUUGCACCUUGGUUGCGAUGACCCCAUAUAUCGGCCGAUUGAACCUUGCUCAUCUUCCCUCACUGAGCUUCACGAAACACCUCUGGGUCUGAUUAUGGACGACGAACACACAUGCUUUAUAGAGUGUACGUGCAAGGUCAUGGGCUGCAUAUGCCUUCAAGGGAACGAAUCCUGCUGGUACAAAGCCGCAAUUGAUAGGAUGGGCGGCAGGAAGAUACACAUUGAAGAAAGAAUCGAAAAAUCUCUCGGGGGUGAUUCAGCCAACGGCUCCGAUGAACACGCCUCUGCUUUUGUAUUCUUCAGCCAUCGCCUCCUGUGGAUCAGGAAAACACAGAGCAAAUCCGCGUUCCAUGUGAACGAGUUGGUUGGUGUAUAUUUCAGACUCUGACUAGUAGACAGACGGCUGCACGCGGUCAGUACAAGCAUGGAGCGGGUCUGGUACGUGCUCGCUGCCAUACAUGGCGUGAGCUCGGAGACGACAAGAUGAGAAGGCUAUGCUUCUUCGGGGACUAGGACGUGCUUAUCGAUAAGCCAGUCGCUGAAUUCACAAAUUAGCGUGACUUUGCACCCGUGUAGCACACUUCCUGGUAGUAGAACCCACUCUCUCGUGGAUACUGCGGCCAUCGGUGAGCACGAUUCUACGAUUCAAUGUUCCAUGGAACCAGCAGCCAUGGACGGUCGACAACUUGAUCAUGCGCAGUGCCUGUUUUAGUGGUCAUGUCUCAAAUUGAGUACAUAGAACGGGCACAGCUCGGCACACACAACUUCUGGGCUGGCUGUCAUACGAGCUGCUUGGCGUAUGACCCCGCUACGACCCAAGUCUCGAGAGCACUGCACUGCACUACUUGAGAUCGACACCUUCGGGGACCAGUCCGUUGACAAUCUGCAUACAAAGCCUCUGUGUCUCUGGUACUGUUCUCGUGGUCAGCCGACUGGAUGGCGGAAGUCACAUCUCGGAUGUCGAAGGACAGAUGGCUGCGUCCCUUCUCGGCGUCCUCAGCAGCGUUUGACGGAAGCACAAGCCCUGCCUCGACUUGUCCACGAGAGAGAGAUUGAGCGAUGCGUUGCUGAGAGCAACGAAAACAGUUUAUGUGGAUCAUGGGCUCCCAAGGCAAUCAGCAUUCAAUAGUUGGUGGACGGCCUGGUUGCGGCCGGAGUGCAUCCGGGCGGAGAAACGGAGUCCAACCGGCCUUGGAAAG